CUUAUUAUACUCUUUGGUGUGCUCUGCAGCUUCAGCCCCACAUGACAUUGACAUGAAGUAGUAACCUAAAAUUCUAUAAAUUCUGUGAUAAUUUAAUUUUUAUGAAACUAAAAUGACGAUUUCAAACUUUUUACGAUUAUCAAACGUUCUUAGGAGUGUAAAUAAAUCAAAUGUUUCACAAAUCGAGAAAUUCUCGUCACACGUCAAAUAUGCAGAACACAAGCCUUUGGAAAAGAUCAGAAACAUUGGUAUUUCUGCCCAUAUAGAUUCAGGGAAAACUACUCUUACUGAGAGAAUACUGUACUAUACCGGCAGAAUAGAUCAAAUGCAUGAGGUCAAAGGCAAAGACAAUGUGGGCGCUGUCAUGGACUCCAUGGAGUUAGAACGCCAAAGAGGUAUCACUAUUCAAUCUGCAGCCACUUACACCAUCUGGAAGGAUCACAACAUCAACAUAAUAGACACUCCUGGCCACGUAGAUUUUACUGUGGAGGUAGAAAGAGCUCUGCGAGUGUUGGAUGGGGCUGUGCUAGUGUUGUGUGCUGUCGGUGGAGUGCAGAGCCAGACUUUGACUGUAAACAGGCAAAUGAAGAGAUAUACUGUCCCGUGUUUGGCUUUUAUUAACAAGCUUGAUAGGAUGGGAGCUAAUCCUUACAGAGUUGUAAAACAAAUGCGUUCCAAAAUGAACCACAAUGCCGCAUUUGUUCAGCUUCCAAUAGGAUUAGAGAAAGAAUGCCAAGGUAUCUUAGAUCUGAUUGAGGAGAGAGCUAUCUACUUCGAUGGUGAUUAUGGCGAGUCCAUCAGGUAUGAUGAGGUACCGAAAGACAACAGAGCAGAAGUACAGGAGAGGAGACAUGAGCUAAUUGAGCAUUUGUCUAAUGUUGAUGAGACUUUAGGAGAACUAUUCCUCGAAGAAAAAACACCAACAGUAGCAGAUAUAAAGCAGGCCGUCCGACGGACAACCCUCAAACGUUCCUUCACCCCGGUUCUCGUAGGCACAGCGUUAAAGAACAAAGGAGUCCAACCUUUGCUUGAUUCUGUACUGGAGUACCUUCCAAACCCUGGUGAGGUGGAGAACACAGCCAUGUUGAAUGAAGAUAAGGAGGGAGAGGGCCAAACAAUUGUGUUGGAUCCUUCGAGGAAUGAUAAGAAGCCAUUUGUUGGCUUAGCUUUCAAGUUGGAAGUGAGCAAGUUUGGUCAGCUCACAUACUUGAGAUGUUACCAGGGAAUGUUGAAGAGAGGAGAGAAUAUUUUUAAUGCUAGAACUAAUAAGAAGGUCAAAAUCUCCCGUCUUGUACGAAUGCACUCAAACAACAUGGAAGAAGUAACAGAAGUGAUGGCCGGCGACAUCUUCGCAUUGUUCGGCGUAGAUUGCGCGUCUGGUGACACGUUUGUCAACGAUGGCAAGCUACAACUGGCAAUGGAAUCUAUACACGUACCUGACCCCGUCGUUUCCAUGGCUAUCAAACCGAAGAAUAAUAAAGAUAGAGAUAAUUUCUCGAAAGCUGUUGCUAGAUUCACCAAAGAAGAUCCUACAUUCCAAUUCCGUUAUGACCCAGACAACAAAGAGACUAUUGUCUCUGGUAUGGGUGAGCUACAUUUAGAGAUCUACGCCCAGAGAAUGGAGAGAGAAUACAACUGUCCUGUCGAGUUGGGCAAACCUAAGGUGGCAUUCAGAGAAACAAUGAUGUCCUCUUGUUCCUUCGACUACCUCCACAAGAAGCAGUCUGGUGGUGCUGGUCAGUACGCCAGAGUGACUGGUAUCAUGGAACCAUUGCCUCCACAUCAAAAUACUACCCUAGAAUUCAUUGACGAAACAAUAGGUACAAAUGUACCCAAGCAAUUUGUGCCUGGCAUAGAAAAAGGAUUUCUGGACACCUGCCAGAAAGGCUACCUGUCUGGACAUAAAGUAUCUGGUGUGAAGUUCAGGUUGCAAGACGGUGCUCACCAUAUCGUGGACUCAAGUGAAUUGGCCUUCUUCUUGGCUGCUAAGGGAGCGGUUAAAGAAGUAUUCGACGACGGCGCCUGGCAGAUCCUGGAACCUAUAAUGUUCGUGGAAGUAACUCUACCGGAGGAGUUCCAUGGUACCGUGGUGGGACAGUUGAACAAGCGAGGAGGUAUCAUCACUGGCUCGGAGGGAACUGAAGGAUGGACCACGAUAUAUGCUGAAGUACCGCUAAACAACAUGUUCGGAUAUGCUGGUGAACUUAGGUCAAUGACACAAGGCAAGGGAGAAUUCAGCAUGGAAUACAGCAGAUACUCCCCUUGCUUACCUGAUGUCCAGGAGAAGCUGAUCAGAAAGCACCAGGAAGAUAUGGGCCUUCUACCAGACCAAAAGAAGAAGAAGAAUUAACCGCCUAGUUAAUGUUUAGACUAAUUUAUUUUAUGGUCCGGUUAUACGCAACAAACUAUGUGUAUAUUGAUAUAUAUCUACUUAAAUCUUCGACGUGCGGUACAUGCACACAAUUUGCCGUUUAUCUCAUACUUGAAAGGUGCAGUAUUAUACUGACCUUAAAAAUUAAUCAGGACACAUAUUGAGACAGUCUGACAUUAGUCUGAUUGUGAUCUUUAGUGCAAUUAGUUUGAAAUUUCAAAUAAAAUAUGAGAUUAAUAAGAAAUUAUGUUAAUUUCUAUACAUUUCAGUAGCAGGAAAAAAAUAUGAAUAUGAUAUGUAAAAUUGUGUGUAAAUAAUUUUUGCGCACACACUUAAUACAAAGUUGCGCAUUGCGCAAACAGCGUUAUGAAAUUUGCGCAAUUUGCGCAAAUGGUACCUUAGCGUAUCUAAUAAAUAAUUUGCGUAUAUCCGGAUCUACACCAUUAUUUUUAUUAUUGUUUUAAGGCGAUAUUUAGUAUAAAUAAUAAAUGUAUUUAUAAUGUAAUGAUUUUCAAAUGUUGUUUCGUGUUUUAUCCCCGUUUAGUAUUAACUAACUACAAUUUGACUAGAAAAAUACAUUGAAGUCUUAUAAUAAAUAUCUUUUAACUUUUGCAAGAUUCAAGUUAGCUUAUUUACUGAGAAUUUAGACAAAAUUAUCUUCUUGCAACUCUUCAGCUAAGAAUAAGCGAUUGCCAAACUCUGCAAUCUAAGAUAAUUAUCUAAUUAUAGAAAUGAAAAUAAAAAAUCGUUUGAUGAAAGGGUGUUUCUUUCGGAUCUUUCUUGAAGUUCUAAAGAUUUCUAAAUCUAUAACCACAGGUAAGUGAAAGUAAUUAAUAUUUUUUUCUUAUUUGCGCUUUCAAUACUGACAUUGUAUUAUCGACUUUAGAACAAUAACGCUAAAGUUGAAAGUUGUUUGUGUAAUCAUUACAGGUACAGUCGUCGACUUCGUAUCAUUGCCCCCAAUUUUAUAGGUAUGAAUUAAAACAAAAAAUACAUUUAUAAAAAUCCCAUUUAUUCAUAACACUCCACAAAUAUAUUCCAAAAACGAUACAAAUCGUAACAAACGCCCCAGGUACAAAUAAUAAUUGUUUUGCUUAUAUUUAAAUACUUAUAUCUAUUGCUAUUUUAUUCUAGAACAUACAGAGAUAGGAUUACAGGGAAAAAUUGGGAUAAUAUUGAUUGAAGAGUGCUCGAAAGUGUUCUAGAAAAUAUUUCUACAUAAGACAAGGAUUAGUACAUUAAUAUCAUAGAGUCUAUUUAUUUGAAGUUCUAUUUUCUCAUACAAUUUUGCACGUUACAUACGUUGUCCUCCCCGCAGUCAGUGGAUGCAAGUGGCGAGUUGUCGUUCGACGGAGGAGGAGGAUUACUGGGAGGGUUGUCCAGCCGUAAUAAGUAAAAAAA